AUGCUCGCUUUUCGCACCUUCGCCUUGCUUCUCCCCGUCUUCCUCGCCUGUGCAACUCCCCUCCCCCAGACCAUCGCGAACCCAAGUCUCGCCAUCGUCCCGGCUUCUCCAGCCGUUCCCGCCUCUCCGGCUAUCCAGUCUCCCAUUGCACUCGCACCCUCGUCCUCCACAAUCGCCUCGGCAGCACAACCGAGCCAGACCCUUGACCCGCAAGAGAUCAAGGCGCUCGGCGGUCUACUCGACUCGCUCGACGGCUUUCAAAACGCCACCGGGACGACGGACGGAUCCACCGAAAAGGACUUGAACGAGGCGGGCGUCAGUCCUGCGAGCGUCGCGCGGCCCAGCGGGACUCUCGGGAGCGGCUGGGAUCUCUCGAGCAUCAUUAAGCAACUUUCGACAGCCUCGGCACCUUCAAUGGCUUCAACGGCCGCCUCACCUGCGUCGCCCGCCUCGCCCGCCUCGAACACCGUCCCCGUCGUAGCGAACAAUGCCGUCUCUCCUGCCAACUCGCUCGUCCAGCAGCCGUCGCUCGUCCAGCAGCCGACGCAAGUGACUGCUGCUCCUUCCAGCGGCGUCUUUGACCAGGACGCGUUUCUCGCCGGCGCAAGCUUCGACGCUCCGGCAACUGCGACAGGCGCCGCACCUCAAACCGUUGUCACCGCCUGA